ACGACGCGACACGGUUACCACAACGGGAACAGUCCGGCCUUGGCGGUGCUAUGAAAUGCUUGGACUACUUCUGCAUUUAUUCUUUGGCGAUCUUGUGUAGCAAAUUGUAAUGAACUUCGAAUGAUGUGUGCCUUAGUUAUUUAGCAACGCAAAGGUGAAUUGUCGCAACUACAACAAUAAGCACUUCAUUCACCGCGUCCUCAGUGAAAACGUGUUGUAAUUUAUUGUUCCCCUAAAUUGAGAUCCUAUUUUUCCGCCACUGUGUGAGUGAUAUUCCCUUGGUGCUGAAAUCUGACAUUGGUAUCAAGUGUAGGUAGGAACAGACAAACUGUGUCAGUGCUUUGUGAUAAAAGCGGAUAUUCCGGAAUUGAGGAUAAGCUGCCAGACCUGUGACAUGAAGUUGGUUCUUUUAAUAAAACUUUGCUUUGCAAUGGCGUAUUUAAAAUUACAGGCAGUUCCAGCCGAGGAAGUGGAAGUGGUAAAAUCAAUAGCAGAAGAGAAGCCUGAACGCGAAGACUUCGACAGGGAUCAAGUUGCGUUGGAAUCUACUGAUCAGGAUCCUUCACAGUCCGUAUACUUUACUCAUCAUGGUGUAGGGUCGGCGUCACCUAGAGUCCCACCGAAUUUAUCACCUUUGCCAUUAAAUCAACAAUUUGGUCCGCCAUCAUCGCAACUUCCUUAUUAUGGGCCACCCCCUCCGUUGCCAGGCCAUUCAGCAUCACCAGCUGACCUGAAAGCGUCAAGCACGCUUUCUAAUGAACUUUGGACUUCACCUGUUCAAGAUACUCCGAAAAUUAUAGCGCUAGAUGUGAAAUGUGAAAAAAGUGGAAUGAAAGUAUUCUUACAAUUUGAUAAACCUUUCUACGGAAUUGUUUUCAGUAAAGGCCAUUAUAGUAACAUAAACUGCAUUCAUCUCCCAGCAGGGUUAGGAAGAUCUUCAGCUACAUUUGACAUAGGAUUACAUGUCUGCGGAACGUCCGGCAACAUUGAAAAUGGACUAUAUGGUUAUGGUUCGGAAUCAGGAUCGGGAACGUAUUUUGAGAAUAUAGUAGUUAUUCAGUAUGAUCCCCAAGUACAGGAAGUGUGGGAUCAAGCUAGAAAACUUAGAUGCACUUGGCAUGAUCAAUACGAGAAAAGUGUAACUUUUCGACCAUUCCCGGUUGACAUGUUGGACGUUGUUCGUGCCGAUUUUGCUGGAGAUAACGUAGGUUGUUGGAUGCAGAUUCAAGUUGGAAAAGGACCUUGGGCUUCAGAAGUUUCAGGAUUGGUAAAAAUAGGGCAAACUAUGACAAUGGUUUUAGCAAUAAAAGACGAUGAUUCUAAGUUCGAUAUGCUAGUCCGCAAUUGCAUGGCGCAUGAUGGAAAGAAAGCUCCUAUUCAACUUGUUGAUCAAAGGGGAUGUGUAACUAGGCAGAAACUCAUGUCUCGAUUUACAAAAAUUAAAAAUUUCGGUGCUAGCGCAUCUGUUUUGUCUUAUGCUCAUUUUCAAGCUUUUAAAUUUCCGGACUCAAUGGAAGUGCAUUUCCAAUGCACGAUUCAAAUAUGUCGAUAUCAGUGUCCUGAUCAGUGUUCUGAAUCAAAUAAUCUUGAAGGACACCAUUUACAGUCCGGUCCUGAAUCCCAGUAUGGACCUCCUCCACCUCCACCACUCUCAGUUGAAUCAUAUUUACACGGCGUUGGACGACCAAGAGAUGACAGGCGUGUUCGACAUCAAAGAGCUAUUAAUUCUGAGAAAACGGUUGGUUUGAAUCGGAUAAUUAAGGUUGUCUCCUCAGGAGAUCUAACUUUUCCUCUUGAUGAUCCACUCAAUUCGACCCAGGCGACCAUUAUAUUUCCAGGGCGGGAGGACGGCUUAAUUUGCAUAACAGCACCCGGAUUCACAUUUACUCUUGUCGUCCUCUUUGGUGUUCUAAUAGCGUCUUGUAUUUUGUCUAUCCUCUUAUAUAUCCGACUGCGACCUUACUCAUUCAACGAAAAAGAAUAUGCAGUUGCCUUCACUAAUCCACAGAUAACUCAAAUCCGAUCAGUGUUAUCGCAAAGCGAGCAACAAAAGAAGCGAAAUAGAUUUACAAAAUUACUUUUCUCAUGAACUUACUUUAUUUGAAAAUAUCAGUAAAUUCGUGGAAGCCUUUGAGACUGACUGCUAGAAAAUUCAGACAAAUAUCAGGGUAAUUGAGAGCAGAUGGACUAGCAUUAUAAAACUGUUAACAAAUAUGAUUUAAGCAUAAUAUUAUUUAUUUAUUAUUGACUCACUAUUAAAUCUAGAAUACAUUUCAUAAAUACAUAAAACAGUUACUCAAAACA